AUUUUUUUCAAAUCAGAUGGUAAUUGAUUAUACAACUUUGGAGCCAGUCCACAGCUUAACAUGUCUUCGAUGCAACUCUACAGAUGUCAACAGUAGCUGUCGAACUGGAAGGAGAGGAAAGACCACUAGAAGAAGACAAUUGUGCGUUGGAGUGGACUCAGCAUGCUUCGCUGUAGCGACAGUAAAUGAAUUUGGUAGCGCCUAUUUCCAAAGAGGAUGUACAUCAGAAGACGUCUGCAAAGAAAGAGACGACACAGAAAUUGAAUUUUGUAUCACCUGCAAGUCCAAAUUUUGUAACUACGACGUCAUGGUUUUAGAUCAAGAAGUCGAAGACUAUCUCAACGAAGUUAGAAACUACUACUUCUCCUUAGAAUCGGUCGAGAAGAGUCAUACUGCUGCAAAUGAAGAAAACCUUAAGAAAAUGAAUGAUUCUCCUUCUGGUAUAGUGUCAGUUUUGCAAGAAGUGCUGAGCAAAAGUUCUACAAAUUCUGAACAGAAUCUGAAUAAAUUGGCCGAUGAUGAUUUAAACGAUAAUUUUAAUAAUUUUGGAAAGAGAGUUUCUUCUGCAGAUUUAGCUUUUGGGGACGAAGAUACUGCUUCCGCGCAUAAUGAAGACAUUGAAUUUAGAGAUAAUGAUUUAGAUGAGAUUGAACAUUAUGAUUUUGAUGUUAGGAUGGAUAGGCCUAAGCAUUUAGUUAAAAGAAACUAAUAAUGUUGAAGUAAAUCUUUCAUCAGGAGUAAUUUUGAGUUCUAGGAAUAUGAAAUUUUUUAAAUUAGGCUACAACUUUUAGAAAAAUAAUUUAAUAAUUUUUAU